UGGGUUUAGGUGCGUUAUGAUAGAGCGAAGGGGAUGCGAAGAACAAGAGAGAGAGAGCGAGAGAGCGAGAGAGAGAGAGAGAGAGAGAGAGAGAGAGAGAGAGAGAGAGAGAGAGAGCGAGAGAGCGAGAGAGCGAGAGAGAGAGAGAGAGAGAGAGAGAGAGAGAGAAAAAGAGAGGGAGGGAGGGAGGUAGAGAGACGCGAGGAUUCAUCAAAACAAUGUCCGGUUGGAAGUUUCCACUGGGGCUGUUUUCGCCGACCAUCGCCGGAACUGUUUACAGCUGGACAACGACACAGCACACCCAGUGGAUUACCUCAAUGGACCGCUGAACGGGAUUGGCCGGCCGCUGGACAUCGGCUUCCUGUUAUAAACCACCGGGAGGGAUUCUUCAUCCUUGAGGGCCUGUCCCACACAGCUGAGGACCUGUGUGUGUGUGGUGUGUGGUGUGUGUCCAGAAGGAACAAAUACACUAAACUUAACAAAUACUUAGCAAACACACACGUUUAUCCACACACACACACACACACACACACACACACACAAACACACACACACACACACACACACACACACACACACAUAGAAGCAGGCACCAAGUCCACUCCAAUCAUCAGUGCAACUCAAAAAUUCACGCGAUUAUUCUUAUCACAUACACACACACACACACACACACACACACACACACACACACACACACACACACACAUCCUGUACAGCUGAACGACCCUGGAUAGGCCCCGCCCCCCUCAAGCCCCUCCUCUCGACGGUGGACCCCUAGGUGUCAGCCAUGACUUCUCACACUCAUCAUUCAGAGGGCCUCAUGGCCACGGAGCACCAGCCUCUGGACGCCCUGAAGACCUCCGCACUCAACCACAUCCCUACAGUGGACAUCAACUCCGCCCUUCCGCUGCGUCUCCCUCCGGCUGCCAUCCCCAUGGACCUCCGGGUGGACCAACAGCACCACCACCACCAACACCAUCCACACCAGCAGCUGUCUCCCAUGUCCCCCCUGGGCCAGCAGGGCCCCCUGGGCCCCGGGGCCCCGAGCGGGGGCUCCAGCCCCGGGCGGGAGCAGCAGCUGCAGCAGGAGCUGCUGACCCUGAAGCAGAAGCAGCAGAUCCAGAGGCAGAUCCUCAUCGCCGAGUUCCAGCGGCAGCACGAGCAGCUGUCCCGCCAGCACGAGGCCCAGCUCCAGGAGCACAUCAAGCAGCAGCAGGAGCUGCUGGCCUUGAAGCACCAGCAGGAGCUGCUUGAGCACCAGAGGAAGAUGGAGAGCCACCGGAUGGAGCAGGAGAUGGAGAAGCAGCAGCGGGAGCAGAAGCUGCUGCUGCUGAAGAACAAGGAGCGGGGACAAGAGAGUGCGGUGGCAAGCACAGAGGUGAAGAUGCGUCUGCAGGAGUUCGUCCUGAACAAGAAGAAAGCACUGGCCCAGCGCAGCAUCAACCAGGGAGGAAUCCCCAACGACGCCCCCUACUGGUACCGGAAAACCCAGCACAGUUCUCUGGAUCAGAGCUCGCCCCCCCAGACGGGCCUGUCCCCAUACAACCACCCCGUCCUGGGGGUGUACAACCCCCGAGACGACUUCCCCCUGCGCAAGACCGCGUCGGAGCCCAACCUGAAGCUGCGCUCCAGGCUGAAGCAGAAGGUGAGUGAGAGGCGGAGCAGCCCACUCCUACGGCGCCGCGACAGCCCCAUCACCGCCGCCAAGAAACGCUCGCUGGAUAUGGCAGACUCUGUUUGUAGCAGUGCUCCCGGCUCUGGCCCCAGCUCCCCGAACAACAACAGCUCCUCUAAUAUCCCCAACGAGAACGGCAUCGCUGUGUGCUCCAGCGCCGAGGUGUCCUUGGCCCAGCGGCUGAGCAGCAGCAGUGCGGACGGGGGCUCCCUCAGCCAGCUGUCCCUAUACUGCUCCCCCUCCCUGCCUAACAUCACCCUGGGCCUGCCCGCCACCUCCACGCCCAGCCCUGCCGCCAACGUGACCUCGUCUCCGCAGGACGGUGGUGGUCUGCAGCCGGCGCUGUCCCUGAGCCCCCCCUUCCUGUCCGGUGCCCACCUGACCCCCUACAUGACGGAGACCGGCUCCGGGGCCCACAGUCCCCUGCUGCAGCACAUGGUCCUAAUGGAGCAGGGUCCCCCCCAGAGCCCCCUGCUGACAGGACUCUCCAUCCCGUCGGCGGCAGCCUCGAUGUCUAAGCUCCAGCGGCAGCACCGGCCCCUGGGGCGGACCCAGUCGGCGCCCCUGCCCCAGGGCAGCGGGGCCCCUUCCAACCACGCCCCCAGCCACGCCCAGGUGCUGGCCCUGCAGCAGCUGGUGGUGCAACAGCAGCACCAGCAGUUCCUGGAGAAACAUAAGCAGCAAUUCCAGCACCAGCAACUCCACCUCAACAAGAUGAUGGGUAAGCCGUGCGAGGCGGGCGUGGUCCGGCAGCACCAGAGCCACCCAGAGGAGACGGAGGAGGAGCUGAGGGAGCAGCAGGACACCGAGGGGGGAGCCCUCCCCGCCGGGGUCAGCGUCAAACAGGAGCCCCCCGACCCCCAGGAGCUCUUGGAGGAGGGGCCCUGGGACAUGGAGAGGCAGUCGGACCAUGAGCUGCUCUUCAGACAGCAGGCCCUCCUAUUGGAGCAGCAGAGGAUUCACCAGCUGAGGAACUACCAGGCGUCCAUGGAGGCUGCCGGCCUGUCAAUCACCUUCCCCGGGCACCGCCCCCUCUCCCGCGCCCAAUCAUCUCCUGCCUCCGCCCCCUCCUUCCCCCUCAGUGUCGCGCCCCCCGACCCGCCCGCCAAAACUCACUUCACUACAGGCCUGGUGUACGACUCCCUGAUGCAGAAGCACCAAUGCAUGUGUGGGAACACCAACAGCCACCCGGAGCACGCCGGGCGCAUCCAGAGCAUCUGGUCGCGACUGCAGGAGACGGGGCUGCGGGCGCAGUGUGAGUGCAUCAGGGGGAGGAAGGCGACUCUGGAGGAGCUGCAGACAGUCCACUCAGAGGCCCACGUCCUGCUGUACGGAACCAACCCCCUGAGACAGAAGAUAGACUGCUCUGUCACGCCCAUGUUCGUCAGGCUGCCCUGCGGAGGAGUGGGGGUGGACAGUGACACCAUAUGGAAUGAGGUGCACUCAUCCAGCGCGGCACGGCUAGCGGUCGGCUCUGUGGUGGAACUGGUGCUGAAGGUGGCCACCGGGGAGCUGAAGAACGGCUUCGCCGUUGUCCGACCUCCCGGACAUCACGCCGAGGAGAGCACUCCCAUGGGAUUCUGUUAUUUCAACUCAGUGGCGAUCGCUGCAAGGCUGCUGCAGCAGCGACUCAGCGUCAACAGAAUCCUCAUCGUGGACUGGGACGUUCACCAUGGCAACGGCACCCAGCAGGCAUUCUACGACGACCCCAACGUCCUCUACCUGUCCAUCCAUCGCUAUGACGACGGGAACUUCUUCCCCGGCAGCGGAGCACCCGAUGAGGUGGGCAGUGGUGCAGGGGUGGGUUUCAACGUCAACGUAGCAUUUACCGGGGGUCUGGACCCCCCCAUGGGAGACGCAGAGUACCUGGCUGCCUUCAGGACGGUGGUGAUGCCCAUCGCCAGUGAGUUCUCCCCCGAUGUGGUGCUCAUCUCGUCGGGCUUCGACGCUGUGGAGGGACAUCCCCCUCCGCUGGGGGGCUACAUGCUCACCUCCAAAUGUUUCGGUCACCUGACCCGUCAGCUGAUGACCCUCGCCGGGGGGAGGGUGGUUCUGGCGUUGGAGGGGGGUCACGACCUCACCGCAAUCUGUGACGCUUCGGAGGCUUGUGUGGCUGCCCUGCUGGGCCAGGAGCUGGAUCCGCUGCCCAAGGCGGUCCUGGAGCAGCGGCCCAACCCCAACGCCGUCCGAUCCCUGGGGAAGGUCAUCGAGGUGCACAGUAAGUACUGGCGUGCUGUGCAGCGGUCUGCAACCAGGCUGGGUCUCUCCCUGCUGGAGGCCAAGCGAGGCGACUCGGAGGAGGCAGAGACCGUCCACGCCAUGGCCUCGCUCUCUGUUGCCAAUAGCAACGCUAUGGAGCACAGGCAACAGGAGGAACCAAUGGAAGAGGGGGAACCACUGUAGCAGAGGGGAGCCAUCUCUGUGUUACAUCGCCCUCAUCGGUCGCUCUGGAGAAACGCCUCCUUCGAUUUUUUCGAAAGUGCCUCGACCGUUACCUUCAUUUUGCGCCUAUAAGCCCCGCCCGCCACAUCAGUCACCUCGAUGGGCGGCCCCUCUAACCAAUGAGAGGGCAUGGGCGGGCUCAGCCUCACGAGUAGGGAGCCAAUCAGAAGAUGGCAGACUCAAAAUCGAUAAAAGGAAACAAAAAAAUACAUCCUGAAGCUUGCGUGUGUUGCUUAGCAACACUCGCUUGGUCACACACAUUUUGUGCCAGUCUUAGCAACCCCCCCCCCCCCCCCCCCCCCCCCCCCACCAUGUUAGCAUUCGCGACGGUGGCUAGCGACAUGACCCGGCCUGAAGGCUAGGGUGCUAGUCCAUUUGAAGUCUUGAGGCGGCGGAGGAGAGCUGUAAAAUUCUCACGGUGCAGAGUACAGUGGACGUGUGGCCAUUGCCACCGGAACCCUCUGCCCAACACAGUUGGUCAGUCCUUUGAUUCAUUUGUACCAUUAUUUUCUCAACAAAUUUUGCCUACAAAAACAAUCCCCCAGCCGCUGCGCCCACGACGACCGGCCUGGGGGCUCGUCGGCAUUCUGUAACGAGAUGCGUUCACUGUGGACUUUGAGACGGGUCCCGGCGCCGCCGCCGCCGCCGCACCGCACCGUCCCCAUAGCAACCGCCGCCAUUGGAUGAGCUGUUGCCCUGGACGACGGUCGGGGCCAUAGACGCAGGGGACCGGCGUGCGGGUCCCGGACGCGAUCGGUCCGAUACUGACGGACUGGAGGAGUGCCUUGGUGCAGAUCCACCGGGUUUCAGGAAAAUCCGGUGGAUUCAGGAAAAGAAGAUUGCCUUAAGUCACAAGAUACUACUUAGUUUUGUGGCCCCUGUGGCUAAAGAAUGCAGGUCCCUGCAGCGCAGAAUGAGACGAUGACAAGAGGAGCGGUCAGCAUGUUUACGUGGAACAUUUACUUCUUUCAAGGACUUGGUCUGUGGAGGGUGUGGUUUUGGUUUGGAUUUUUUCUUUCCCUUGGAAUGAAUCUUUUUCUGUGAGAAAAAUGAGAAGACACUCAUUGCUUAAGGAGAGUAGAGGCAGGCUUCAGUGGCGGGAGGGAAUAAAAAGGGGUUGACAGGUCACUCGCUGGAAGACGCUAGAUUGAUGCUAAAUUUUAGGGAAAUGAAAGUUCAGCCUUCUAUGUAGCCCAGCCCUUUAUAAACCCCUCCCCCUUCCUGAUUGAUGGCUUCGUACGAAAAACACAACCCAUCAGCCUACCAGCAUGCAUUGGGGCGGAAAGGCCCCAUAUUUUCCCUGAAGAUUCUUUGAAUGUUAUCCCAAAACAAAAACGCAAACACACAAAAAAAAAAAAGCCAAGCCACUGAAGCCAAAGCAUGCAGUAAACAC